GAGAGUGAGCAAACGGUUCUGUCCUGCUUUUCGAGCCCAUCCCCAAGAUUCCUCCGAUACUCAUCGACCAUUUAUAACGACUACAAUCAUACAACAAUCAUCCCAAUGUCUCUUUCGGAACUCGGGGUUGGAGGCCUCUACAUUACGCUCUACGUACGCCACCACCCACCAGUCAAGAACAAUUCCCACUGGGGACUGUACCAUCAUGAGGAUGACAAGGCUAGAGGAACAGAGUAUCACGUCAAGGGAAUAGGCCAAGGCUGGAUUGCUAACCACGGCAAAUCACCAAGGCUUCAUCAGUCCCGCUAUGCAAGCACACGCAUCCUCUAUACGACUAAACCUGAAACUCAUUAUUUCAUCAAGCAAAAUGGGGUUCGCAUAUUCUCCGGGUUCCUUUUCGUCGGUCUGAUGCAAAUUACAUCAAUUCCCGAGGAUCUGAAAGGCUACGGCGUAAAAAAGCUCCGCACAUACGACAAUGAGAUCAAUGAUCGCGAGGGCAUCACCUGCCGUGUUUGGCUGUUCGAUGUCUUGAAGCUUCUCCAAACCCCGGUUGAUGGAGUCAGAAUCCUGGAGUGCGAGAACUUGGGGGACCUCGAGCAGGAAGCGAUGGAUUUGGGAAAGAAACAUGCUCAGGCAGCGGCUGACAAUAUUCAGCCACGUCCAAUCAAUUUAUCUCAAUUCUUACUCAAAGCUGAGCCCACAAGCGGAAUAUAA